AUUGAAUGAUACACCUUCAAACAAACAUUGGAUUGAACGCCGUGAAGUAGAACCUCGACGAAUUAUAAUAUAUUCCAUAAAUUCAAGUUCAAUUCAAUUCAAAUUUGGAAUCACAAAGUGGAAUAUGUAGCGUUGGAAUUUAAUUUAUGAAUCGAUUCCUUUAAAUAUCUGUUGCGACAAUCUCGAAUUAAACACGAUUCAAUAUGACGGACAUGGAGCGGACCAUUUUGGACCACUACCAGCUUUCAUCUCCAUAUCCUAUAGAAUGGCCGGCGGAUAAAGACACAAGUGAUGCCUCAGAUGAGGAGGACGAAGAUCCCAAGUCGAACCAAAAUGGUGCAAUGGCUGCAGCUGUCGCGCGCAGAAAGUCCAAAUACUUCGCCCUGGAAAGAGCCAGUGAUCGCAAGAGUCUCAUUCCUAAUGCACAGAAGUCGGGCGAUGGGGUCGAGAAUUUGGUUCAAAGAGAUGAGCAAGAUCCUCUAGGAAGCACCGAUAGUGUUGUUAGAGUUCUACGGCAGCAGGGUCUACCAGUACAAGACGACAUAGCACUGCGUAACAGGUUCCUCUUGUCGUCUACAACAUUCUCGCCCGCCUUAUUCCUCUCCCAAGUUCAUUCUACCGCCUCUACCCAAGAUCUAUUACGAGGUUUAGAUCUACUCUCUAGAUCGAUUGACCAAAAGUCCGCCUCCCUUAAGGUCCUCGUCGAAUCGAACUUCGAACGUUUCGUGCGUGCGAAAGCCACAAUUGACAAUGUAUACACUGAAAUGAAAUAUCGGGGGGCAGAACCACCCACAGCUUCUCGAGCUAGACCUCAUUCCCGCCAUGCCAGCAGAAGUAGCUUUCGAGCGAGUAGUGGUAAUCAGAUUGGGAUGACGACUCCGGCACCUGUGGAUGUCAGAAAAAAGAACGCUUUGAUGAAAGAAAGCGAAUAUGGUGUCCUUGGAAUAAAGACUCCUCUCUUAGACGUCUCCGCAAAGGCAGAAGAGGUGUGGGGACCGGCAUUAGGGGGAAGAGAGAAGGAAGAUAGCCUGAAAGUAAUGGCUGCAACCUAUCAAGCGUUAAAGACUAUGAAAAGUAUUGUCGAAGAAUAUACAAAAGCAAGACGGUUCGCGGAUGACGCAAAGAAACUCACCGAAACGUUAGGAAAUACACCGCCGACUGAUCCUCAGAUACACCAAAUUCUUCUGGCUGCUCGCGUAUGGCAUGACGUCGAACAGCAGAUUGAGGAUUUUAAACGUGAUGUAUGGAAGAAGUUAUCAUUGGCACAAGGAUCAGCUAGAACAGACGGUAUAUUUGGCGCUCAACAGGAUCAACAUAUGGAACUUAUUGGAAUAUUACUCGAAUUAGGAGUAACAGAUAAUCCUAUCUGGGUUUGGUUACUGAGUCGUUUUGAUCACCUUAAGGUCAAAAUACAGACAACUUCAGAUCGUUCCAAGGUCGAGAUUGAAAUUCUGCGGCGACGACUAGCUAGUGCUGAAAAGCCUACACCUCAAGUUAUUGCUACUCAUUUACGGUCGCUUGGACGUCAAAUAGUAGACAACAAACAAGUCUCAGUCGAUUCUCCAGACAUCAUUGAGCUAUGGGAAAAAUUGAACUCGUUUCUCCAUAGCAUGUUUUCUGCGCAAGGAAUUCUUGGCGAAGUGACAGAAUUCUGGCAAACUGUUCAGAGUUUUAUUGAUGGCAGAGCACAGAAAGCUUUGCCAGUAGGUAUAAAUGGAAAGUCUCGAGAGCAUCAUCGACUCUCUGACAAGAACAUUAUUGAGUUGCAACAAGGAACAGUUGAGUUAGUAGAUAUGCUUCGGGAAAGCAUAUACGAGUUGUUUGUUGAUCCUCCAAUUGAGGAUAUCUCAGCAUUGUUUUCGCCUUUACCACCCACCCCACGCACACCAAGAACGGCUGAUUCGUUGACCCCGUCUGCCCUUCGAGGUUCUCGAUUCACAUUCGAUCCAAACAAUCUACCACCCCCAUCCCCUAGACGAGCCAGUGGAGUCCAUUAUUUGGCCAAAUUCCUUGCGCUUGUAGGUUCCGGUGCAAGUGAAAUGGCAGGAGUUUCACCUGUCAUCAAUGGAGAUGGUUCAGCUCUGGAAAGAUUAAAAGCUCUUGUUGGAGGUGCCCGUGAGAGAUGCGUGACUGCAAUACUUGCAGCAUGGAAUAAAGAUGCCGAAAACAUCAAAGUUUUGGAAGAUUGGAGGCGUUCUCCAGAUAAACGAGACUUAACCAGAAUGCCAGCCAAUUUCAGUGCUUUUGAAAGCGCGAUUCUAUCAGGCAUGCAAAAAAUUCUUUACAUUUCCGAUGCAUCAAUUAAGCAAGGCUCGGCUGAAAUUGUUCUACCUCCGCCAGCCAAACUCUUGCAAAUGGUUCGCAGUCAGUUCGUGACAACCCUCUAUAAAGCAUUGAGUGGGAUGGUCGAGAACGCAGAAAGAUCCGUCAAGAAAACCGAAGAUGAUUGGACCGCCGAUACCGAUGGUUUGGCGACUCCUGUGGCGAUGAUUGUUGCUACAAGCAUGGGUGCUGGAACUGUCGAUGCUAGCGAUCGCGCACUGCGUGUUGAUGUCGUUCCAAAUCUUACAACGCAGUUCGAGAAUGCUUUCUCGGUCAAACUUACAGAGGAAGCUAAGACAAUAAGAGACGUCCUAGGGCAAAUUGAUGCUCGUCUUUUCCAAUCGACUCUCCGCGAUAUUGUGCGUCGUGGAGUUCUGGCACCAGAUUGGGCACCAACCGAACAACCAAAAGAAGUUCGUCCUUAUGUAUACGAGGCUCUGCUUUGUCUCGUUAUCGUCCAUACCCAAGUAUCUACUACUGCCUCUUCCCUCACCGGUCAAGUUCUGUCUUAUCUCUUAGAGCAAGUAUCCCUGGAGUUCUUAGAGGCCUUCAAACAACGUCAGCGAUUUCCUCUCAACUCUCUUAUGCAGGCUACUCUUGAUAUUGAAUUUGUCGCACAGACUAUGAAUCAAUAUACAACAGAGCGAGCAACAGAAACAUCAAGCCAGAUCUAUCAGGAAUUGGAUAAAGGAACAGAUGGUGAAGCGAGAGCCAGGUUGCAAAAAAUACUGCCGGGCAUGAGAGUAGAUUUGAAGAGGCUGAGGGAGGCGAGUAAGAGUGAGUUUGCUUGCUUCAAGAAGCCUAGGAGUGGAAAUAAAGCGGAUAGAACUGCCAGUUCUAGUGCGCAAAGUACUAUUUAG